CUGGGUGCCUGUGGGCAGCCCUCAUGCCAGCUGUCAGCAGGCUGCUCUCUUCCCUGCAGUGCUGGGGGGCAGCAGCCAGCUGCGGGUGCCGCUGCGCUGGAGGGGGCAGGCGGCGGCGGCCACGCAGAGCAGGACGCCCCAGCUGCAGCCACAGGCACGGAAGCCUAAAACAGGGAUCCUGAUGCUGAACAUGGGGGGCCCCGAGCGGCUGGAUGAUGUGCACGACUUCCUGCUGCGCCUCUUCCUCGACAGGGACCUCAUGACGCUGCCAGCACAGAGCAAGCUGGCGCCGCUGAUCGCCAGGCGCCGCACCCCCAAGAUCCAGGAGCAGUACAGCAGGAUCGGCGGCGGCUCGCCCAUCAGGAAGUGGACAGCACUGCAGGGGGAGGGCAUGGUCAAGCUGCUGGACAGCAUGUCUCCUCACACAGCCCCCCACAAGUACUACAUCGGGUUCCGCUACGUGCACCCGCUGACGGAGGAGGCGGUGCAGGAGAUGGAGCAGGACGGCAUCGAGAGGGCCGUGGCCUUCACCCAGUACCCCCAGUACAGCUGCUCCACCACAGGCAGCAGCCUGAACGCCAUUUACCGCUACUACAGCCAGAGGGGGCAGAAGCCCAGCAUGAAGUGGAGCACCAUCGACCGCUGGCCCACGCACCCCCUGCUCAUCCAGUGCUUCAGCGACCACAUCCAGAAGGAGCUGAACCUCUUCCCCCCUGACAAGAGGAAAGACGUCGUCAUCCUCUUCUCUGCUCACUCCCUGCCCAUGUCUGUGGUGAACCGCGGCGAUCCCUACCCCCAGGAGGUGGGAGCCACUGUGCAGAGGGUGAUGGAGAAGCUCAACUACUCCAACCCCUACAGGCUUGUGUGGCAGUCCAAGGUUGGCCCCAUGCCCUGGCUGGGCCCCCAGACAGACGAGACCAUCAAGGGGCUGUGCCAGAGGGGGCAGAGGAACAUGCUGCUGGUGCCCAUAGCCUUCACAAGCGACCACAUCGAGACCCUCUACGAGCUGGACAUUGAGUACGCCCAGGUGCUGGCCAGCGAGUGUGGAGUUGAAAACAUCAGAAGAGCAGAGUCUCUGAAUGGGAACCCUCUGUUCUCCAAGGCCCUGGCAGACCUGGUGUGCUCCCACCUGCAGUCCAAGGAGGUCUGCUCCAGGCAGCUGACCCUCUGCUGCCCGCUCUGCGUCAACCCAGUCUGCAGGAAGACCAAAGCCUUCUUCACAGAGCAGCAGCAGUGAGGGCUGCUCAGGGGGCACCCCGGGGGGCAGCCCAGCACAGACCACCUGGCCAAGCUCUCCUCUGUCCCACGGCUGCAGGCUGCUGCUCUGAUGCUGCUCACCUCGGGCAGCAGCCAGGGGGGCAGGGCUCUGGGGGCUGGGUUUGGCUGUGCUGUGUUUGAGGAGGGCUGCUGGCAGGCAGGGGGUGAGGAGCUUUGUCCUGGGAGCUGCUCUCCUCCUGGCUGGGCAGGGCAGGAGCCCAGCAGUGUGCACUGAGCCCCCGCUGUGCUCCGGGGGGCUGCCAUUCGCUAUGCAGGGGCUGGCUGUGUGCAGCUCUGCCCUGAGUUGCUCUCCUUCACUUUUAGGUCAGGCAUUGCAAGAUUUGGGUUGUUUACACUUAGGGCACACCCAGCAGAGUCCCCCACUGGCCCCCCUCAAUUCUCAGUGACCUCUAAUGCUUUCCAGGCUGUUUGGUUUUGCUUUGCUUUGGUUUUGCUUUGCUUAGUUUGGUUUUGCUUUGGUUUUGCUUUGCUGCCUUGCUUGGUUUCCUGCUGCCAGCAGCUCCUGGGGCAGGCAUAGCUGGGGCAGUAGGGAUGCACGGGGCUGGUUUGCAUUGCCCAGCACAAACACUCUCCUGCCCUGCAGGAGAGCCUCUGGGCCUGAAGGGCACAAAGAGCAGGGAGGCUUG